AUGGCCCACACAGUCCAGUCAGCCCUCUCUCUCCACCCAGACUGGGUCGUGCUGGAACUGAAUGUGGCCAAUGCUUUCAACUUGUUCAGUCGUUCCGCUAUGUUCAAUGCUCUGCGAGACUCCCCGUUCUCCAGCCUCAUCCCUUUCUUCCGCCUCUUCUACGCCUCCCCCUCUCCACUCCAUUACCGCAGCGGCCCACUCAUCGAAAUGCUUCAGUCAUCAUCAGACCUCACACCUCCAUCAGACAUCGUCAUUGCCCUUAACGGUAUCACGGUUGCGGGAGUUCCGAUUGGUUCAGAUACCCACAUCAUCUCUACAGUACAGGACAAGCUGCACUCUUUCUCCUCAUCUCUGCCUCUUCUACAUGACCUUCAUGAUCCUCAGACUGCCUCUCGCAUCCUUUCUCUCUGCGUCUCCGCUCGUCCCUCAUUCCUCCUCCGUACUGUUGCACCCUUCCCUGAGAUAGAUGAGCUCUAUACUGACUGGGACAACAGCUUGCUCGACCAUUUUGUUCGCCUCAUUGGCUCUGACUACUGGCCCCCUACAUUUGACCACACUGCCACAGCACAUCAACAGACAUGCCUUCCCAUUCGCCUUGGAGGGUUUGGCCUCCGAUCAUCAGCUGCAACUGCUACUCUCAGUUACUUGUGCAAUUGGGCACAGACAGCUUCACUGCUCUCCUCAUGCUUCAUCAUCAACGGCUCUCACAUUUUCCGCCCCUUAAUCACUUCAGACACCAUGGAUCGCCUUGACUCAUGCAUUCCUAAAGCCUUAUCCAAACUUCAUCCAUCCAUUCGACAGCACUUCCCCACUUGGCCUGCACUCCACGCUGGCUACCCACAGAAGCUGUAUUCCUACCUUUCACAACACCUUGACGCUGUCAUGCUCGAGCGCGUGCGAUCCACACGCCCCACACUGGUGCUCAUGAACAUCAUCCUGGUGGGGCUGCUGCUCUCCUUCGCCGCCCUGCUGCCCGCUGCCUGGCGCUACUCCCGCCCACCUGUGGGCGACAGCAGCAGCAGUGGGACUGGGAGCGGCAGCACAGUGGAAGGUGGCAGCAGUGAGAUGCUGUACCAUGUGUUGUUCCUGCUGCUGCUCACUCUCCUACUCAUUGCGCUACUCAACUGGUGGGUGUUGGCUGCUCAACUGCUUGGUGUUGACUGCUCGUGCAUUCACCCAUGUUAG